AUGAAUUUUGUCCCUCUCAGCUGUUCUUCAUCUCCUUCCUCAUUCUGACUGCCUACUCCUCCUACAACCCUAACUAUCUUCCUCCAACCUCUGGUCGGCGGCUCCUCUUCCAACCACAUCUCCUCCUCCGCCGCUGAUUUUCUCGAUUAAUAUUUUCUCUCCGCAUUGUGUAGUCGUAGUUGUACCGCUCCCUAGUCGGCGCCGCCUCUGCAAACCGCCUCUCAUCUCUGCUGCUGCUAUUCUCGAUACAACACAAUGGCACCUCCACAUAAUAAGAACCUGAAGAGGAAAUCCGGGGAACGGCAAAAUAAACCAUUAAAAUCUGGUGAUACUGCUCCUUCUCAGGCCUUGCCACUUCAAUUUGAUGAUGAUGCUCCCGAUUUUCCGAGAGGAGGAGGAAGCCGGUUGAGUCGAGAAGAGAGAGAUGGAAUUAAGGCUGAAGUUGACGAGGAGUUUGAUGCCGAAUUGAGGGACUCGAAGAGGAAGAAGAAUAGUAAGAAGAAAAAUCAUGCCAAUACACCGAUUGACGACGAUUUUGGUUCACUUUUUGGAGAGGGGAUUUCAGGAAAAUUACCUAGGUUUGCAAAUAAGAUCACUUUAAAGAAUCUUUCUCCGGGAAUGAAGUUAUUUGGAGUUGUUGCUGAAGUAAAUGAGAAAGACCUUGCUGUAAGCCUUCCUGGUGGCUUGCGUGGAUUAGUUCGGGCUAGUGAAGCGGUUGAGCCUGCUUUAGCAGAUAAUAUUAAGGAUGUAGAGGGUCAUUUCCUCUCAGGCCUGUAUCAUGUUGGCCAGCUCGUGUCAUGUGUCGUAUUGAAAGUGGAUGAUGAUAAGAAAGAGACAGGGAAGGGAAAGGUUUGGCUUUCAUUACGUCUUUCUCUAUUGCACAAGGGCUACUCUUUGGAUGCAGUUCAAGAAGGGAUGGUCUUGACUGCAAACGUGAAAAGCAUUGAAGAUCAUGGUUACAUUCUCCACUUUGGGCUGCCUUCUUUUACUGGAUUUUUGCCAAAGAAAAGUGAUAAAGAUGCUAGGGAGUUAAAGAUGACUGCAGGGCAGCUUGUGCAGGGAGUAGUUAAAAAUAUUGAUAAUGUUCGUAAAGUAGUUUAUCUGACUACUGAUAGAGAUAUGGUGUCUAAAUGUGUGAUGAAGGAUCUUAAGGGUUUUUCGCUUGAUCUUCUUGUGCCUGGCAUGAUGGUUAAUGCACGAAUACAGUCUACACUUGAAAACGGGAUUAUGUUAUCUUUUCUAACUUAUUUCACCGGAACUGUUGAUAUAUUUCAUUUGCAGAAUGGAUUUCCUUCCUCUAACUGGAAAACCCAGUAUGAAAAAAAUAAAAAGGUCAAUGCUCGGAUUCUCUUCAUUGAUCCGUCUAGUCGGGCUGUUGGGUUGACGAUGAAUCCUCAUCUCCUUCUCAACAAAGCUCCCCCAUCUCUCGUCAAGACAGGAGAGAUCUAUGAACACGCCAAAGUUGUCAGAAUAGAUAAGGAUUGGGGCCUUUUGCUUGAAAUCCCAUCCUCUCCAGCUCCCACUCCUGCAUAUGUGACUAUUGGUGAUGUGGCUGAUAAAGAUAUCCAUAAACUUGAGAAGACAUUUAGGGAAGGGACUGAUGUUCGAGCAAGAAUACUUGGGUUUAGGCACUUGGAAGGGCUCGCUAUGGGGGUUUUAAAGGCUAGUGCAUUUGAAGGUGCAGUCUUUACUCAUGCAGAUGUCAAGCCUGGAAUGGUAGUGAAGGCUAAAGUUAUUUCGGUCAUGAGUUCAGGUGCUAUUGUGCAAUUUCCCAGCGGUGUCAAGGCACUUUGUCCUCUAGUACAUAUGUCUGAAUAUGAUAUUGAGAAGCCUCGCAAAAAGUUCAAGAUUGGAGCAGAGUUCAUCUUUCGCGUUCUUGGUUGCAAGUCAAAGAGAAUAACUGUUACACAUAAGAAAACACUUGUGAAAUCAAAACUUAGCAUCCUUAGUUCCUACACCGACGCAACUGAAGGAUUGAUAACCCAUGGAUGGAUUACGAAGAUUGAGAUGCUUGGAUGCUUUGUCCGAUUUUACAAUGGAGUUCACGGAUUUGCCCCGAGAUCUGAGCUUGGUUUAGAGCCAAGGUGUGACACAAGCUCAAGAUAUCAUGUUGGGCAAGUGGUUAAAUGUAGAGUAACAAGUUCGAUUCCCGCUUCACGUCGUAUCAGUCUUAGCUUUAUUAUAUCACCAACUAAGGUUUCUGAGGAUGACAUGGUCAAGUUGGGUAGUGUGGUAUCUGGAGUGGUUGAGCUUGUCAUGCCCAAUGCCAUAUUCUUACAUGUAAAUGUAAAAGGAAACAUGAAGGGUACAUUAUAUACUGAACAUUUAGCUGACCACCAGGGACAAUCUGCACAGCUGAAGUCAGUCUUGAAACCUGGGCAUGAACUUCCUGAGCUGCUGGUGCUAGAUAUUGAAGGAAACAAUAUUAUACUUAGUGCAAAAUAUUCUCUCAUUCAUGCUAAGCCUCAGCUUCCUGCUGAUACCACACAGAUCACUCUGAACUCAGUGAUCAAUGGUUAUGUAUGUAACUUGAUUGAAACUGGAUGUUUUGUCCGAUUUCUUGGACGCUUGACCGGCUUCUCUCCAAGGAAAAAGGCACUAGAUGACCGUAACAUUAAUCUUUCUGAAGCCUUUUUUGUUGGACAGUCAGUACGCUGCAAUGUCCUUGAAAUCAACAAUGAAAGUGACCGCUUAACAUUGUCACUGAAGCAGUCAAGUUGCUCAUCUACUGAUACUUCCUUCCUCCAAUCAUAUUUUCUAACAGAGGAGAAAAUUACCGCGAUUCAAGUGUCAGAUUCAAAUAGCGCGGAGUUUGGUUGGCCAGAAAAUUUGAAUAUUGGAUGUGUUGUGGAAGGUAAAAUUAACGAGGCUAAAGAUUUUGGGGUUGUUAUCAGCUUUGAGAAGUAUAGUGAUGUUUUUGGUUUUAUUACACAGUAUCAAUUGAGUGGGAAGACUCUAGAAACUGGCUCCACUAUUAAAGCUAUAGUUCUGGAUGUUUCUAAGUCAGAGCGUCUAGUGGACCUGUCCUUGAAGCCAGAAUUUGUUGAGGGGUCUAAAAAAGAUGUUUGUGUGGCUAAGAAGAAACGAAGAAGAGAAUCGAAGGAAUUCAAAGUGCAUGAAACAGUAAAAGCUGUUGUUGAAUUAGUGAAAGAGGAUUACUUGGUAGUUUCGUUACCAGAGCAUAACUUUUCAAUUGGAUAUGCAGCAGUAGCUGAUUAUAAUAUGCAAAAGCUACACCGGAAGCAGUUUUCUACUGGGGAAACAGUUGUGGCAACAAUCAUGGCACUUCCGAGUGAUUCAACAGCUGGGAGAUUACUUCUGCUCCUUGAAUCCUGUAACCAGGCCGUGGAGACUUCAAGUUCAAAGAAGGCAAAGAAGAGGUCUGGCUAUGACAUUGGCUCUCUGGUCCAUGCAGAGAUUACCGACAUUAAACCUCUUGAGAUGUGGUUGAAGUUUGGAAUUGGAUUUCGGGGGAGAGUUCACAUUGCGGAGGUAAAUGAUGAGUUUGGUGUUGAAGAUCCCUUCUCUGCAUACAAAGUCGGGCAGGCAUUGACCGCUAGGAUUGUUGCAAAUUGUGUGAAGCCAGAGAACAAUAAAAAAGGAAGCCCGUGGGAAUUGUCUCUAAAACCAUCAAUGAUUUCUGGUUCUAGUGCAAUGGAGAAGAUGCAAAUAACUGAGGAUUUCAACUUCUCAGUAGGACAGCAUGUCAGUGGUUAUGUGUACAAAGUAGAUAAAGAGUGGGUCUGGUUAGCAGUCUCUCGACAAGUGAAGGCUAAGCUUUUUAUUCUCGACAGUGCAAGUGAACCAAGCGACUUGGAGAAGUUUCAGAAGCGGUUCCGUUUGGGGGCUUCUCUCUCUGGGUACAUAUUGAGUAUGAGCAAAGAAUGGAAGUCCUUGCGUUUGGUCUUGCAUCCGUUUUCUACUACCUCUGAUGGAUUAAUUGGUGGAACGGAGAAUAGUUACACAUCAGAUGAGAAAGAAGUGUGUCAUGUACAUAACGGUGAUGUUCUUGGUGGCAGAGUGUGGAAGAUUCUUCCUGGUGUCGCUGGCAUUCUUGUGCAGAUAGGACCCCACAUAUAUGGUAAAGUUCACUACACCGAACUUGCUGAUCCCUGGGUUUCUGAUCCCUUAUCUGGCUACCAUGAAGGUCAAUUUGUUAAAUGUAAAGUCCUAGAAAUCAACCACUUAGCUAAAGGUUCUGUCCACAUCGAUUUAUCAUUGCGCUCCUUAGAGGAUACCGAAUCUAGGGACUCCCAUAGCGGGUUUAUUCAGAAGAUCGAGGACCUUCAGCCUGAUAUGGUGGUGAACGGUUAUGUUAAGAGUGUUACUCCCAAGGGCUGCUUCAUUUUGCUUUCCAGGAAUGUUGAUGCAAAAAUCAAGGUUGCCAACUUGUCUGAUGGAUAUGUUGAGGAUCUUGUAAAGGAAUUUCCUGUUGGUAAACUUGUAAAGGGGAAAGUUUUAUCGGUGGAGCCUUUAUCCAAGCGUGUUGAGGUUACUCUGAAGACAGAUAAUAAGAGUAGCAGAUUUGAGUUGAGUGAUUAUGGUAGUGUGAAAGUUGGUCAUGUUGUGAGUGGUAGGAUUAAACGGGUUGAAUCAUUUGGUCUCUUUAUUGUGAUUGAUAAUGCAAACUUGGUUGGAUUAUGUCAUGUUUCAGAGAUAUCUGAUGAUCAUGUUGACAAUCUUGAUGACCUAUUUAGAGCAGGGGAGAGAGUUACUGCAAAAGUUUUGAAAGUGGAUUUGGAAAGACACCGAAUAUCACUUGGAAUGAAGGCUUCAUAUUUUGAUGAUGAGGAACAUGGGAAUGAUAACAAAAUGGUGCAGGUUGAUUCAGUUAAUAGUUCUAUAACUGUGCCACAAGCUAAAGGUGACACCACUCAAGUUGAACAUUCCGAUUCUGCGUUUCUUGAAGAUGGAUCAGCUCUUGUCCAAGUGGAAUCUAGGGCUUCUGUGCCUCCUCUGGAGGUUACCCUUGAUGAUCUUGAGGAUGAUGAGGUGAUUGAUCAACCUGACAACAAGGAAACAAAUACUAAUUGUUCCAUUGCUGUUGAUGAGAAGAGCAAGAGGCAGGCUAAGAAAAAAGCAAAGGAAGAGAAGGAACUACAAAUCAGGGCUGCUGAACAACGUUUGCUUGAGGCUGAUAUCCCAAGAACUAGCGAUGAGUUUGAGAAAGUGGUUAGAAGCUCCCCAAACAGCAGCUUUGUAUGGAUAAAAUACAUGCAAUUUAUGCUUUCUAUGGCUGAUGUCGAGGGAGCCCGGUCUGUGGCUGAAAGGGCCUUGAAAACAAUCAACCUCACUUGUGAAACGGAGAAGCUAAACGUAUGGGUGGCAUACCUUAAUCUGGAAAAUCAGUAUGGGAAUCCUCAUGAGGAGGCGGUAGUAAGACUAUUCCAGAGAGCAUUGCAGUACUGUGAUCACCUAAAUCUGCAUUUGGAGCUGUUGGGUUUAUAUGAAAGGACGGAACAGCAUAAGUUGGCUGAUGAGCUUCUUGAAAAAAUGGUCAAAAAGUUUAAACAGUCGUGCGAGGUAUGGAUGAGGCAAAUUCAGUGGCUUUUAAAGCAAAAUCCGGAGGAAGUUGAUAAGAUGAUGAAUCGUGCUCUUUUAUCUCUUCCAAAGCAUGAACACAUACAGUUUCUUUCACAAGUAGCUGUCCUUCAGUUCAAAAAUGGGGUUCCUGAUAAAGGGCGUUCAAUAUUUGAGAAAAUGUUGCGUGAAUAUCCAAAGAGAAGAGACCUAUGGAGUGUUUAUCUUGAUCAAGAAAUUCGAUUGGGUGAUGUUGACAACACACGUGCGUUGUUUGAAAGAGCAAUUAGUUUGAGCCUUCCUGCAAGAAAGAUGAAGUUCUUGUUCAAGAAGUAUCACACUUACGAAAAGUCACUUGGUGAUGAAAAACGGAUUCAGAAUGUGGCUCAGAAGGCCAAGGAAUACGUGGCCACAUCUACAGUAUGAGAUGGACUGCUCUGUGUUGUUCUACUUGCCUUUCCCCCAGUGAUUGUUGACUGAAAUGGAGAGCACACACAGUAGAGGCAUUGCCACUUGAAAGAUCAUUGGCAACUGGGGCUAAACAAAUGUGGUAUUGGUCACUGUCUUUGAUGGAGAUGGUGCUGAGAAGAAUCUCCUUAACUGCAGUAGCCCCUUGCCCCCCUUAUUUUCUCCGAGGUAUGCGGGAAUUUUUGGGGGAUUUCAGCUGCGUUUAGAGAGCACUAUAACCAGAGGUUGAUGAAAAGUCUCUUGUUUGGGGCCCAUAAUUUUGUAUGUUGGUGCUGUAAAUUAAGAAUGUUUCUGGAAAUUUCGGAUUAGAAUUCUGAUGGACUGCGUUGUGGCUUUCAUUUUGUGGGGAGAGCUAUGUGUUCUUAUAGUAGGAGGUGUCAAUUUAAUGUGUAAAGUUCAGCUUCCUUAGGACCUCAUGUUUUAGCACCUCAUAUACUUGGUUAAGGGUAUUGUUUUAUUAUCUUAUUGAAAUUUUGUCAAUUUUUUUUGAAACAUUGUAUCUUAUUGAUGUGUAAAAGAACUCGUAAUAUCAUUUAGAGGUUCUCAUCAUAUGAGAUUUUAUUUUCAUGGAUGUUGCCAUUGUUGAUUUGGAUUGUAAUACAGAAUUGUAAGAUCAUAAAAAUUUCUAUCAUAUUGAAGCACGUUGAGGAAUAA